AUUAUUCCCACAAAUGGUGGAAACCAUCCACCGUUGGGCUCAAUUUUGGCGAUAAGCUAACUCCAUAGAGCUUUCGGUGGUGAUACAUCAGGCAAUGCCACCGCAGAUAGGCACGGUACAACUCCUGAAGCGAAACGUACAAAAUUAUUCCUCCGAAAAGAUGAUCAACAUCAAACAAACAAAUAUCCCUUCUCCCAGGCCCCCUCACGUGCUGAUGUCAGUAGACGGAGAAACCUCGCCGACCAUGGCUCUAGAGAGAGAAAUGGAGGAGGGAGAGGAAGACGACGAGGAUGUAAUGCUGAAAAGGCGAGAUAGAGACGAUGACGGCGGAAACAGCUGCGACGCCGCCCCGCCGCCGUCGCUGUGGAGUCGGAAAAUGGUCGUGGAGGAGGUGGCGAGAGUGCUGACCGGAGGCGAUCUGAAAGCAAGGAUCGAGGCGGCGAGAGAUGUGAGGAGGCUCGUGAGGAAGUCCACCAGCGUUAAUUCCAAGUCCGCCGUCCGCUGCCGGUUUGCUGCCGCCGGAGUUAUCGAGCCGCUCGUUUCGAUGCUACACGUCUCGUUUCCCCUCGCCGCCCGCGAGGCGGCGCUGCUCGCGCUUCUCAAUCUGGCUGCUCGCAAUCAGAGUUUGCUGAAAGGUGUGAUGGAAAGUUCUUGCCUGGAAGAUAAUGAGUUUAGGAUUUCCGCUAACUUGGGAAACCACCUUGAUGAACUGAAGAGUAGCUUCUUGGAUAUAGAUGAGGCAUCCAAAAACAAGAUCAGCAUCGUGACAACUGGCGCAGUCCCACCCCUCCUCGACCUCCUCAAGCACCAAGCUGACAACCUGAGGGAAUUAUCCGCCGCUGCAAUCCUAUCACUAUCGUCUGCACCACCCAACAAGCCCACCAUAACAGCUUCCGGGGCCCAUGUUCAAUUGGUCCGGAUCCUGUGCACGGGCAGCGUUCAGGGACGGGUGGAUGCAGUCACGGCCCUCUACAACCUCUCUACCUCUGAGGACGAACCCAAACCGAACCUCGACCCAAGUGCCGUGCCCCCACUAAUCGACCUCUUGAAAGAAUGCAAAAAAUACUCCAAAUUCGCCGAGAAGGCCAGUUUCCUCUUGGAGAUAUUCUCGGGCUCCGAAGAGGGCCGGAAUGCGAUUACUGAAUCGGAAGGUGGGAUUUUAACCCUGGUGGAGACUGUGGAAGACGGGUCCUCAUUCAGCAUGUUGUAUGCUGUGGGGGCAUUAUUGUCAUUGUGUAGGAGCUCGCGGGACAAGUAUCGGGAGCUUAUUCUCAACGAGGGUGCUAUCCCAGGCCUCCUGCGCUUGACAGCCGAGGGUACUCCAACCGCCCAGGACCGGGCUCGGAGUUUAUUGGAUUUGCUCAGGGAUUCGCCUCCUGAGAAGAGACUGACCAUGUUGGAGCUCGAGAGGAUUGUGUACGAUUUUGCUGCGCAUAUUGACGGGAAGGGCAAGGCCGUGGAGACUGCUAAGAGAUUGUUGCAUGAUAUGGCUCAGAAGAGUGCGGAGGCUGGGUUGAGCCGAGUGAAGAUCAAAACUUCGUCUUGAACAGAAAUCUGUUUGAUUUAACUGAGAAAUGCUUGCGAGGUGAACUUUUUACGACCUUACUCAGAGUUUUACGUUUUUAACCGUCUUUAACCAUAUGACUACGCUUUGUGUGAAUCUCUGUUGUAUAUUUUCUCUUUAGUUGCAUUUAGGGAGAAAGAAUGAGCUGUUGCUAAUGUUCUGGUAAGUGUAGAUUUUAGUUGCUGAGUUCGAAUGUUAUCAAUCUUCAGGGGUUCAGAUUGGUAUGACUGACAUUAGUAGGAUCUUACAAAUGAAAAGAAUUUCAUGUUCUAUGUAACAGUGUGCUGUAGGGACAAAUUAUUGCUAACAUUUCACAUGUUGAAAAAGGUUUCAAAGGUUGCUCUAAUAUAUGAUUCCUGAUUGUAGCUAUUUUUAUUUCUUCUUUUGUUUGGACCAAAACUAUUUUGUUUGUUGUUUCACUGUGCAAGUGUUCGAUAAUCUGAUAUAACAUAUUAAAAAAAGUAACUCAGGAAGAACAUAAUAUAUUAGGCUCUAGUCAAAACUCUCACAUUUCCUCCCCUCAACUAACUCAAUUUCCGGAGUCAAAAAGAAAAAACCCUCUCUCCUAAAUUCACUGUAGCAAAGAGAAAAAAUCAGAUCUAGCGUCACCCCCCCUUCUAUUCCGGCGGCCGCGCGCCCGGCAAGGCCUUGGCCGAGGCUGGAGGAGUUCUCCCCGCUCCACUCUGUCAUCGCAUGAGGCUUGCAGCUUCGCCAUGCCUUACUCGCCCGGAGUGGGGCCGUCGUCCGGCCACUUUCUCCUCCUCCAGUUUCGCGCCAGCCUUUUUGUCGAUCCUUGCCGAUUCGAGGUUGGAGAACUAUUCUCUACCCCUUCUGGAGUUUUGCGGGAGUUCCGGCCUGGGUGUGGUGAUCUCUCCCCGCUUUCGGAGGUGGUCGCCGAUCCGCCUUGUCUUCCUUCCAGCCUCAGGAGCUUCCGGGU